AUGUAUCUUUUUGGUAAUCUUUCUGAAUUUAUUGGUUUCACUCUGUCUCCUUUGCCUCCUAUUAUACUGAUUCUUUCAUGUGAACGAUAUUGCUACAAACAAGAGUAUCUCGUUACUGUUAUGAGAGCUAUCAAAAGUAUGAUCGUUAUCACCAUCCUCUUGAAAGCUGAUUCUAUUCGUUGUUUUCAGAUCACUUCUUCUCGGGGCCUACUUAUUUUCUAUCGACGGUAUUUUCACCCCAUUUCGGUGGUUGAAAAGAAGAAAUGGAAAAAUGAAGACCCUCCGGCUCUGAGGCACGGUCGCCACGCAUCAACCCAUCCAGGAUGUGCGCGACGCAAAAGGAUAGUAUCCAGACAGCAAGGAAGAGAGACAGACAGCAAGGAAGAGAGACAGACAGCAAGGACAGACAACCAAAGGCACAACGAGACCAAGAACAACGAGGAACACGGGGAAACAAGAAUCACAAACAAGGAUGAGAGUGUUCUGUUGCGUGAACCAGAAGGUUGGUGUCUUUUGGUCGUUUUGUUAUUGAUGGUAGUGAAGCAACCCUUUUGUUUGAGAACGUUUAAAUGGUACGAUUUGACUCUAUAUGAAAGCAAUACUAAAUGUGCAAAAACACCUCUGGUUGAACUUCGAAAACGACAGAUUGCAACUAAUAUUGAAAUGACUACUUUCUUGCCGUCCUCUUCAUCAACAAUCAAGAUAUCAGGAUGUGAACCAGAAAUGGAACAAACUCUCAAGGAUGCACCCAAUAUGCAAGCAAAGUGUAUUAUUAUGGCAGGAUUCUUUUUUUUUUUUUUGGAACAAACCUUGAUCAAUGCCAAGGGUAGUUUCUGCAUCAAGGCACUUCCAACAAUGGUUAUACGUCUUAUUUGA